CAACUCCCCAAUAUCCAUUCAUCCCUCAUUCUCACUGGGUUUAUAGUUAUGUGUAACUGUCACUGUGUCUGUCCCUUUCCCUUCUCUGCACUGCUGGUUCUGACUCCUGAUACAACUCCCCAAUAUCCAUUCAUCCCUCAUUCUCACUGGGUUUAUAGUUAUGUGUAACUGUCACUGUGUCUGUCCCUUUCUGUUUGUAUCUGACUCCUGAAAGAAUGUAGCAGAAGCAAUCUGAUAAGCAGACCUGGAGGAGAACUGACCACUGCUGCAUUAUUUCAUAUAUGUUAUGUUACAACUUUUAUAUAUUGUAUAUCCAGGGAUCUGUAGUCAUCACUUAACAGUGGAACAUGGGUGGGUAAUUUCCUUUGAAUCUAUAGAAUCCGGUAUCUCUGCAAAAACAAAAAAAUACAUUUAUAUUUUUGGAAGAUACAUCUUUUCAACGUAACCACAACUGAAUGAGCUGAUAAAUUCUACCUUUAAAUUCUUCUUUCUUUGUCUCACUGGAAGUAGUAAAUGGUGAAUAAAAUGGCUUCUUUGGCUAGCAAGGAUUCUUAUCUGCAAAACCUUGCCAAGAAAGUCUGCGCUCAGCCAAGUCAAGAGCCACGGAAAAGAAAACAUGAAUUCAUAAAGAGAAACGGAUCAGAGGAGCCCAGCCAGCCAAAGAAGAAGAAGAAAAAGAAGCCCCGUAACAAUAAAUUGAAGGCUGAACCAGAAAACGGCACUAGAAACAUCCCACAAAUAAAGGCCAAACCUAAUAAACCAAACAAUGAUGGACAGCAGCCCCCCAGUACAGGCUUCGCGGCAAGUUCCUUCUCCACGGUGGAUAUAUUGAGGAAGCGACUACAGGAAAAGAUCCAGGAGUCUCGUGGUCAGGUGUCCAACAAAUCUCUUACCCCCGAAGAGGUUGAGAAGCGGAGGCAGCGCAGAAAGCAAGAACGAGAGCGAAAGAAGAGAAAGAGAAAAGAACUAAAGAAGAAAGCAGCACAAGAACCAGAAGAGGUUGAAGUUAAGGAUGCUGAGGAGGGUCAAGAAACCAACAAAAAAGAGAAGGACCAGGUGCCUAUAGUGUUUAACAACAUGGAGGUUAGCGAUGAACUGCCCAAUAAAGUAAUGCAAAAGAAAGCCAAGAAAGAAAGGGUAAAAGGAAACAUCACCCCGAUGACCGGGAAGAAUUACAAACAGUUGCUCGGCCGCCUAGAGGCCAGGAAGACCAAACUGGAAGAGUUGCGGGAAAAGGACGAAGGCAAGGCCAAGGAGUUUGAAUCGAAGAUUAAGUGGACCAACGUCCUGUACAAGGCCGAAGGCGUGAAAAUCAAAGACGACGAGGGGAUGCUGAAAGCUGCCCUGAAACGCAAAGAAAAGAUGAAAAAACAGAGGGAGAAACGGUGGGACAAACGCACGGAGCUGACGGCAGAACGAAUGCAGCAGAGGCAGGAUAAACGCCGGCGCAAUAUCACGAAAAAGAAACAGGCCAAGGUGAACAAAAAGAAAGACCGAGCGCGGAAGAAAGGUCGUAUCUUGCCCGAGGACUUGGCCAAAGCUAAUUUCAAAAAGACUUAAACCAUUUUUAUUCUAUUUCACCUUCUUUUCUGCCUUUUUGCAACAUCAAAUCUGAUUGCAAACCUGGAUUUUUUUUUUUAAUGGUUUAGUUUCCUAGUCCGUGCCUAGUUGCUAUGGUAAUGCAUUUACAAAGUUUGGGCGCCUUUUUUUUCUGCUUUAGAAAAGCUGAACAUGUAAUAACACAAUUGUUGUGUUUAUAUGCAUUUUUUAAACAAAAAUGAAAUGAGUACAACCAGGCAGAAUAAAAUCACAAAGCACCAUU